AUGCCCUCGGAUAGCAGGAGGCCUCACACUCGACUCACCUUGCAACAGUGCAGGAUCCUAGUGCGAGCCUUUGAGAGCAACCCGUUGCCAGGCUUUGCUACCAGGGAGCAGCUGGGCCAGAGGAAAGGUUUGUCUGAGGACACGAUCCACAUAUGGUUUCAGAACAGAAGAUCGAGGCAAGCCCUCGCUCCAUAUCAAGAUGUUCCUGUUUCACAAGUGCAGGAUGUGCUCCUCCUUGAUGAACUGCUGGAAGAAGACCAAGUGGAGGGUGACAGGCCAUUCCCUGUGGAUCUGGAUGGAAAUUCUGGUAGCAAGGAGUACGAGGGUAUCCAGGAAACCAUCUUGAGGUGUGGGCAUGGAGAACUCGAGCUCCAGCGACCCGCCACACCCACAAAGAGUCCCAGCAACCCCAAGUGGCACAUCACAUACAGCGACUCAAGCAUACGAGGCAGGACCUCGGAACUCCUCCUUGAUUCUCAGCUACCACAAUGGGCACAGCCUGAAGGACAAGGCCAAGAACAGGCUCUCACUCAGGGAUGCAACACGGGCCCCCUGGAACUCUUCCUGGAUCAACUGCUGAUGGAAGUUCGAGUGGAGACGCUCUCCCCAGGCCUUGUACAUCUGGAAGGUGGAGGGCAGCAAAUGGAUACAACACCUGAGCUGCCUCUCUCUCAAGAAGAAUAUGAGGCUCUGCUGGAUAUUCUCUGA